AUGGUAUAUAGUUUAUCUUUUACUGUAUUCAAUUUCAACGAAUUUACACCCACAGGUUACGAAGUGAAUCGAAUAGAAUUCACGCCGGUACAUGAUGCUAUCAUUUUCAAAGACAUCGCUGACAUUAUGACAGAAUUCGAAAAUAACAUGUAUUCGGAACUGAAUACCCCGGUCAUGAAUUAUAGCGAAAGCGAUGAGGAUAUAGAAGAUUUACUAUCAGAAUAUCAACAUUACUUAGAUAAGGCGCAUAAACAGAGAGUUGGUUAUAUAGAGAGAAGCAAAAGCAAAAAUAAAGUGCCGAUGUUACGUCACGAAAAAUAUAGCAAAUUGAAACCAAAAACACAAGUCGACGAGCAAACAAACUAUUAUUUCGACAUGAAACAUCACACUAAUCCCUUUUUCAACGCAAUGAGUUUACCUAUUAAAACUAAUUAUGACACUGAAAUGAGGGAGAAGACGAUGAUUGAUUUACCUCAAAUUUUAUCUAAACCAACCUACGAGCCAACAUCGUCUUGCCAUUGUAAGGUAGACCAAAUCCCUUGCAAGUGUCCAUGCAAGCAAUGUUUCAUAACACUAACCGAAAAUGGUGAACUUAAUCAUCACGACCAGAAACUCAACUCAACGAACGACAAAUUGAGUCUGAGAAUUAAAGUUGAUGUUCAGCUACCAAACUUAUCUGAUUUAAUCAAUUUCAUAAAAUUACACAGCGUCGACAGAAAAAACAGUCCGGAAUGGCCUACACCAAAGAACAUUCUAGCAAAUUUUAAUGUUCCAUUCCCAUUUGCUGAAAUUCCAAUGCCCAUACACACUUUUGAUUUCCGCAAUAAUUUUCGAAAGGAUAAUCCUCCUGUACAUAAAAUAACGAUCCAUAAAAAGAAAAAAUCACGAUCGAACAAUGGCAAGAAGCAUAAAGGUAAAAAAUUAUUUAGUUUCCAUCAUGAAAGUAUUGAACCACAAUAUCAUGAAAAUAAUACUGAUGUAAUCAACAAACAUAAUUUGGAUAAUAGGACGAUAGGCUUCAACAGUAGUGAAUCAAAUAUUGUUACACCAAGCAAUCAAUCUGAUGUUUUUGAUACAUUCCGUAAUAUAUCAAGUCGUAAUAUUGUAACUAAUUUUCCCGAUACCAAAUUGGACUCUUUUAACACUAUAUAUUUAACAAUGAAUAUUUCAAAUAACGAAAAUAACACAGAAGAAUCAAUCAAAAUAGAAAACAGUAUUGAGAACGAUUACGUUAAAUACAACAUCACGACCGAUCAACCGUUGCGUUUGAAGCGCGAAGUAUUUGAUUUCAGCGUACAGCCGUUUAGAGGGCCGUUUAAAAAAUUAAUAAACGAAACCCAGCAGCAGAAUCAAACUUUUAUAAAUAACACAAAAGAAUCGAAAAAAUCUAUAGUCCCUGCGGACAGUCUUUUGCUUUAUUGGCCAAUUGAAAUCCAAUCUCAACCAGCGCCUUCAAAGAAUAUAACAGCUUUGAUCAUGGAGAGAGAAUCAAAGAAACGUAAAUUAAAUAUAACCCACGAGGCUAUACGUAGUAAUCGGACGAAAGCUCUCGAACAGGCGAUUUUUGGGGAUGUUAAUUGGAAUGACGUUGACACUGUGGCACCUGUUUUCAUGUCGUUCGUAGGUAAAUACAUUAAGGGCAUACUAACAUUCUGCUCGGACAGUGUAUGUCAUUCAAUGAAAUGUUCAGAUAAAGUAUGCACGCAUAGAAUAUGUACACCACAAAAUAGAUACAAUCAAAACGGCCAUUGUCCCGGCAACAAUAAAACCGACAGCGUCGCAAAUAUGGAAUCUAUCAUGGAUCUACCGUCGAGCGUCGCUUUUGAAAUAGUCGAUAUAUUAAAAGACAAUCUUUCGGACAAUGUGGUUGAGGGUCGCGGUAUUGGCUCUACAUUAUGGGGUUGGAUAUCGUAUCCUUUUACUUGGUGGUAUGGUAGCACUGAACCGGUUCCAGAGACCGAUCAACUCAUAGGAACAGUUCCCAUCACUACAACAAAAGAUGUCGAGAUAAAGCCGCAUAACGUGACCAUGUGCAACACUCAGACUUGUACCACUAUGACAUGCGACAGCAACGGAUGCAAGGAACUAGUCACAUGCAACAUUUACGACACGGAUUUGAAUGGGGACUGCAGGACUUAUAACACAGUCAUACCACCAGAGGAGCCAACCACUGUCAAAUCUUCAAGUACGGUUGAAAAACCGCUAGAAAUAACUACAUCUCAGUCAUCAACAGCCGCGCCCACAACGCCCAUUCCUAGCGAUAACCCACCAAUCGAAGAGCGCCCUCUGGAGCUUGAAGCGGUACUAUCAUCCACCGUUACGGAGAUAGAUAACAACGAAUGA